CCACAGCAGAUCAAGUCACACAGAGACGACCACAUUUUUCUGGCUCCAGACAGUACUACAUCACCUCAGAAAGAGCUGGCAGUAGCGGACACUACUGAGCCAGAGAGUGAGGAGAAGAGGGAAGAGAGAGAGAGAGUCACAGAGGACUCUCGGGACUCCAGCUCUAGUCCAUCAGUAGUCUCCUCUACCGUCACCUCUACCAGUGUCAGCUCCCUAGCUCUGGAGGUGGUGGAAAAGUGUUCACUGGGGCCAGAGGAAGUAACAGAGGAAGAAGAAGGAGAGAAAGAGACAGAAAUGGGGACGGGAGAGAAUGCUCCAUCUGAGAGUAGACCGGUGAAGACUAGGCCACCUAACCUCCCCUACUUGCCUCCUCAUCAUCAACAACCCGAGUCCGCAUACCCUCAUCACCCACAAAACUAUUUCACCCUCCCCACGGUUCACCAGUGCACAUCAUGACGCACCUUCACCUCAUUAUCCAGUCAAAAACAGAGUCACGG